GCCGAUCCUCCUGUGCCCGGCGCUGCAGGUACUCACGGCGUUCCCGGGCUUGCCGGCGGAGCUGGGGGCAAAGAAGGGGUGACACGAUGACAUCAGAGGGGGACGUGAUGAUUUUCUCCCUUCUCCACCGCUCACCACACGCCGGCACCUCCCAACGCCACCACCGCCGAUUGGCUGGGCAGCGAGGGACCAAUGGGAGCUCCCGGUGUUGCUGGAAAGGGGCGGGGCGAGCCCCCAAGAUGGCGGCCGGGGGGGAAGGCAACGCUACGCCCUCACUCAGGAUGGCGGCCGAGGGAAGGCAACACUACGCCCUCAACCAAGAUGGCGGCCGAGCCGGCUUCAGCCCGCCGCGCCGCCUGCCCUCAGCUAGGCCCCGCCUCCCGCCCGCCGCGCGCUGUCAUUGGUGGAGAAGAGGCGGGAGGCCGCUGCUAUUGGAGGAGGCGGCGGCCCGGCGUGAAGCCGCGGCGCGGGCCGGGGUUUGGCGGCGGCGGCGGUGGUGGCAAUGGAGGGUCGGGUCGCCAGCGCUGGACGCGGCGGUGCUGGAGCUGCUGGAGGCGCUGGAGACGCUGCAGCAGAAACGUCACCUCCUCACCCAGCUCCUGCGCCAGGGGUGGCUGUCCCUGUCCCAGGCCCGUUACUCCCUGGGGUGCCACCGCGUCUCGUCCCUGCAGUACGGGGCCACCAUGGUCCCCCGCGUCCGCGUCUUCCCCAGGCAGGACCCGGGGGGGCCCCCCCACUUUGAGGAGGUGCCAGGCACAGGGGGGGACCCUGAGGACCCCGACCCCCAGCAGGGGGGGGGGCGACGGGCUGCGGCAGCGCCGGGGUCCCCCAGAAAAAGGGGGUUCCCCCCCCCCGCGCCCCCCCCGAUCCCCUGGCCUGGUUCGGGGUGCUGGUGCCCCCCAGCCUGCGGCAGGCCCAGGGCAGCUUCAUCCAGGGGGUGACAGUGGCGGUGGAGCUGGCGGGGCUGCAGGGCGCCGUGGCGGCCGCCAUCACCCGCUACCGCGCCCUCCUGCGCCGCAAGCGUCACCUCGACGGGGACGCCGGGACCCUCGGGGACACCCAGACCGUGGG